CAAAGACCAUCUUUCCUGCGCUGAUCCCUCCCCUCACGGCGGCAACUGCCGUCACGACGCCAUUUCCCGUUCCGGUGUUUGCUGCGCGAGCGGAGAGACAGGAAACAUCUCGAAUCCCAAAAGAUGUUGCAAAGGUGUACAUUCAAUGUGGUUCGACAGCUGGCAAGACAUCAGGUGACUGACGCCUCCUCCCUUGUACUGGAGAGAUCCUUGAAUCGGGUUCAGUUGCUUGGCCGCGUUGGGCAGGAUCCUGUUAUGCGGCAGGUUGAUGGGAAGAAUCCUGUAACAAUCUUCUCAUUGGCCACCAAUGAAAUGUGGCGAUCAGGAGACAGCGAUACAUUUGCAUCAGGAGACAUCAGCCAAAAGACAACUUGGCACCGAAUUUCCGUCUUCAGGCCUGGUUUGAGAGACUUGGCAUAUCAGUAUGUGAAGAAAGGAGCAAGACUUUAUGUGGAAGGAAAACUGGACUAUGGUGAAUAUACUGACAAAAGCAAUGUGCGGCGACAGGCGACAACAAUUGUGGCAGACAAUCUAAUAUUUUUAAGCGACUCUGUCAAAGAGAAGAUAUAGCCCCGAGCUUUCAGGAGCUGCUGCUGAACAUGACCGGAUUUUUGUUAUUUUCUAUUUCUGUUUAUCACAGUGCACUGCAGUGCAGGAGUUUAUUGCUUUAAUCAUUUUCACCACAUCAUGAAGGUUUUGAUAAAUUGAUUGUUAUUUAGUGCGACUUAAGAUUUAAAAAAAUAAAUCAGUGGUUGAUCAUGUUA